AUGACUACUAUUGCGAACACCGACUGGCAAGGCAAACUUAAAUCGUCCAAGGGUGAAUUUCCUAACGAUGUACAAGUUAAAAUCAUUAAUAAAUUUAAACGUGAAGAAAUAUUCAACCACGAAUACACAACAACUGAUUUAUUCAGGAAAUUUUAUAAAAUAUCAGAUACCACGCAUUUAGUACCAAAAAGACAAGUAAACAGCUUCAUGAUACUUAGGACCGUCAUAGGAUUAGUAGCUGCUGAAAGAGGGAUUAAAAGCGCUCUUGGAGACGGGACACAACAAAGCAAGAUAGCGGGAUUUAUUUGGGGAGGAGCAAAUCCUUGUGAGAAGAAAAAGUUUGAAGGAUUGUCUACGCAGUUCAAGCACUUGCACAAAUUGUAUUUCCCUGAUUACGAAUAUAAACCGGCACCAAAAGCUCAAGCUGGUUGUACUUUUGUCGAACCCAUUAUUCCAUCAGCUUAUUCGCAGACUCCUCCUAUCGUUCCUUCUAUUAUGACUUACUCGAAUUCAGAUAUGUCUCUAAAUGAUCUAGCGGACCAAUUCACCAUUAUGAAUAAUAACGAUUUUGCCGCAACCGUCUUUGAAGGUUCUUCGUUUCAAAAUGAAUCUCCUUUUGUCCCAUUCUAUCUUGGAGGUUGUUCGUUUCAAAAUGGAUCUAGAAUGGUAGAUGAUGACUAUCAACAAUUUCCUGAUGCUUCAGCCUUCCUUGAAGGUACUUCGUUUCAAAAUGAAUCUAAAAUGACAGAAAAUGAUUAUUCCAAACUUUCUUAUACCUUAAACGAUCAGUCUGAUAUGAAUAAUGAUUAUGAAAUGCUUAGCGGCGUUCCAGCUCAAUUUAACAUUGACACUGAUUUUGAGUUUAUUGAUUAUGAUCCAAUCUCAACCAAUGCGGCAAAUUAUCAAUACCCUAUCGAUGAGAAUUAUCAACAAUUUUUAUUUUUUUAA